AGCGGUGCGCGCAGCUGCGAGGCUGCGUUCCCGGGCGUCCCAGUGUCUCCGUCUUCGUCUACGUUCCGCGACGUCGUUCAUGGUCGUCCCUUCGAACCGGUUGAUUUCGCGUUUGCCCACGGUGGCGUGAAGAACACUCCCCCGUCCGACCGACUCCACCUAGAGCGCAGUCGGCGUUUUGACAGGUUGUUUACAACCCUGCCUCUUUCUUUCUUCCCUUAUCGCGCGAUUCGCACGCCGCAAAGAGGAAGAACAAGUACGGUUGUCCAACUCACGUGACAAAACAGUUGAAUCGUGAAUUUAUUUACCAGACAAACGCGAAGCACGAACAUUGCACAGUGUCGCACACGUGAUUGAUUGAUUGAUUGAUUGAUUGUUUGUUCCUCGGUUUAUCGUGAGAGUGGCUUAUAUUUAAAUAAACGGAAAGUUUCGGGAGGGAUUUGUGGUGGUUUAUUCGUUCGUACGUACAUCAAGGUUUAGAAAAAGUGUUGCAACAAAAUAAAUAAGUACAUAAAUAAAAGUGACGUUCAAACUUCCGGGCAACGAUCCUGAGUCUACGUCAUCUCGAGGUGAAUGCAGUCAUGUUACGUCGUCUCGACUGAGCUUCAACUCCACCUUUCAAGUGCACCGGCAGUUUGUGCCAUCCGCGAGCAGCAAUGUGCGCUCAAACUCAACACGCGUGGCUUGGCCAUAGUUUCAUGCUCAAGGCGACUCUCUGCUCGUUUCAAAUGUUUGCGGUAUCAAACGUCCUCGCAGUGUUACUCGUCUCCUCCUUCGCCGUUGGGAGCAACGUAAACGAACCACCCGUGCUAGAGGCUGGUGGAUAUCCUACGGGUCUUCCUCUGUCCGAAGCUACGCCGGUAGGGUCUCAAGUUUUCGUGCUGAAAGGUCACGACCCUGAAAAUUCUCCCGUCAAGUAUGGUAUUCAACUGACGGACAAGUUUUCCGUCGAUCCGAAAACGGGGAUCAUGACACUCGCCAAGCCUUUGGAUCGUGAGGAAAAUGACACGGUACGGUUCAGAGUCACGCUGGAAGACGAAGUACCCGAGGGCCAACAACCGAACAUAGUCGGCGUUGAUGCGUACGUGAUUGUCCUGGAUGAGAAUGACAAUCCACCUCGUUUCCUGAACGUCCCCUACGAGGCAGUGGCUGCCGAGGACACCCCUCCAGGAUCCACCAUUCUCCCGGGUAUCCGGAUCACCGAUCCUGACUUACUGGGAGACAACAUUGAGCUGUCAUGCAUACCCCAGCCACAAUUUCCGGACGCCUGCCAAAAGUUUUCCAUCGUAGACGUAGAAAAAAGCGAGAACACGUAUGUCGGUGCCUUGGUUCUACAGCAGCCUUUGGACUACAGGGAAAGACCAUUUUACCAGCUGCUGCUAAUGGCCAGUGACGGUACAAAUAACAGCACGACCGGGGUGGAAAUUAAAGUUGCCGACAUUCAAAACAGCCCGCCGGAAUUUCUUGAUUCCUUGACCGGAGUUGUGCAAGAAGAUGAUCCUAUCGGAACUCUCGUUAUGACCGUAAAAGCAAGGGACGGGGAUCGUGGAAUGCCGAGAAAGGUCAUCUACGAGCUGGUCACCAAUCCGUUCGACUAUUUCCUGCUGGAUGCUGACACUGGUGAACUCAGAACAGCAAAACCUUUGGAUCGAGAAGCGCUAGCCGAUUCAACCGGAGUUCUAACUUUGGUAGUUAAAGCACGCGAAGUAAUCGACGGAGUUCCAGGAUCUGAUAAUUUAACGGUUUCGAGUGCUGAAGCCACCGUUACAAUCAAAGAUGUGAAUGACGAGCCACCGUCGUUUAAUCGAAGAGAGUAUAAUAUAGAAAUACCUGAGAAUGUUCCCGACGGAACUCCGUUGCCACACCUUGAUAUGACCGUCAAAGAUCCCGACGUGGGCACCAACUCUGUGUUUUCGCUGAGACUGGAAGACAUUACUGGAGCUUUUACGGUGGAACCUGCAAUGGCAACAGGAAGCACUGCUGUUAAUAUUCGAGUAACAAAUGGUUCCCUUGAUUACGAAAAUCCUAAUCAACGAAAAUUCAUCAUUCUGGUGAUUGCCGAAGAAGUACACACCGAACCAAAACUUUCGUCAACAGCAACAGUGACGGUUAGCAUUACAGACGCAAACGAUAACGCACCUUCGUUCAACAGCCCUACAUAUACAGCUUUAGUGUCUGAGACGGCUAUUCCUGGUACGCCAGUGACAACCAUAAGUGCUAAAGAUCGUGACAGUGGACAAUUCGGGACUGCAGGCAUAAUUUAUCAGCUUCUUGGACAAGGUGCUGAACACUUUUCCGUCGACAAUAAAACUGGAGCCAUAACUGUGGCCCCGUGCCCCACACCUGGAACUGCACCGUGCUUAGACUAUGAGACACAAACUGAGUACUUCCUGACAUAUAAGGCAACCGAUGAUGACGGAAAAGGUCAAACAACAAGUGUUUCGUUGCGUGUCGGUUUAACAGAUGCAAAUGAUAGCCCACCACAAUUUCUUCAGCAGAAGUAUCGCGCGGUUAUAGACGAGGGUGCCGAAAAAUUUGAACCGGAGCUCAAAGUGCAAGCACGUGACAAGGACAAGACGUCAAAAAUCAGCUAUACCAUAGUAGGCGGAAAUGAAUACGAUUUGUUCGCAAUUGAUACAGAUACGGGUGAAAUAAAGAUCGCUCAUAAAGGACCACUUGACGUCACCAAUACAACGCACGAUUGGAUUGCACUGUCGGUCCAAGCAAGCGAUAGCACAUUUACAGAUACAGCAAUCGUUAACAUUACCGUUCGUGAUGUAAACAAUAAUGCGCCUCAAUUUGCUGAAGAUCUAUAUACAGCCAGCAUACCAGAAGUAUCUCCGAUUGGAACUGUUAUUGAAGAAAUGGUCGCAACAGAUGGUGACAGUGGAGUCAAUGCGGAACUAGUUUACAGAAUUCAAAAAGGUGCAUUUGACGAUUUCACAAUCAAUAAUGCGAGCGGAAUUGUUACUGUCUCAAAGAAGCUGGAUUUUGAUACCAGAAACACCUAUCACAUCGAAAUUAUUGCUUUGGACAAAGGCACACCAAGCUUGACUGGCACUACUACGUUGAUGGUCAACGUUGAAAACAGCAAUGAUAAACCACCGUACUUUACCCCAGAAACUCAGAGAGCAGAGGUGACAGAAGAUACAGCAGUAGGGACAGUAUUUGCCAUGCUAAAGGCUCAUGAUCCUGACAGUAGUAAUGAAGAUGCGCUGAACUUUGCUGUUUCUGGGCCAAUCACAGCCAUUGAUAGAAACGGCCAGCAAGUUUCUGAUAACACGACUUUCAAGGAAUUUUUCGCUAUCGAUAGAAAAACUGGUCAAGUUUCCGUAGUCAGACCACUCGAUCGAGAUAUAGCUGCCACUGUCAGUAUACCUAUCAUUGUAACGGAUACAACGGCACCAGCCCUACAACAAGGCAAAGGAACUUUGGUGAUCACGAUUAUUGACGUUAAUCAUUUGGCCCCUGAAUUUGCAAAACCAUGGACAAACGUGAACCCACAAUACAAAAUAGAAAUGCAAGAAGAGCAACCGACAGGUGCAGUGGUCGGUGCAUUCACAGCAACGGAUGGAGAUAGCAAUAUUGCUGGUUAUGCCAUUGUACCCCCAAGUCCUUACUUUACCAUUGACAAUGUGACCGGUAUAGUACGAACGACGCAAGUAAUUGACUAUGAAGAAACAAAGCAACUAAGUUUCACAGUAGUAGCUUACGAUUCCGGUGUACCUCAACUUUCUUCAUCAGCGAAAGUUAUCGUAACAAUAAUAAAUGUCAACGAUCAAGAUCCUAAGUUUGAUAAGGAUUCUUACAGUAUUACGAUCAAAGAAAACUCACCACCUGGGACUCAUGUCACUGUAGUGAAGGCUACGGAUGGUGACGAAGGCUUAUUUGGCCAGGUCAGCUACAGUUUAGUUGGUGAUCAUGCUGCAGAUUUUAAUAUCGGUCAUGAAACUGGUGAAAUUACUGUCGGUAGUGCGACAGUUUUAGAUCGUGAAAUGACUCCGGAAAUUACUAUAAGGGUGAUGGCUAGUGACGGGGCUCCGUUGAACACUAGAAGAACAGCAUCUGUUCCAGUGCACAUCAAACUUUUGGAUGUUAAUGAUAACAGACCAAUAUUUUCGCAACAUGCAUACAGAGCAUCUGUUGCUGAAAAUUUGUCCGUCAAUCCACCUGCUCCAAUCUUACAGGUCAGAGCAGCAGAUCCAGAUGAGGGUGAAAACGGCGAGGUGUUUUACACUAUAAUAAACGGAAAUGAAAACAAUUCUUUUACACUGAACCCUGAAACUGGUAUUUUGUAUCCUGCAGCAGCUUUACUUGGUAGGGCAGGAUCUUACAGGAUUGAAGUUGAAGCUAGGGAUGGCGCUGGACAUGGGCCACACAGCGACCGAUGCUACAUAGACGUAAGAGUGAUUCCAGUAAAUCAGCAUAAGCCAGAAUUCAUUAUGCCUGAAUUGCCGAAUGCAACAGUCGAGGUGCCAGAGAAUGCAGGUGUACCGAAUUAUCUAGUUAUGACAGUAAAGGCAUCAGACAGAGAUCCUGGAGAAAAUGGACGAGUCAGCUAUCAUCUCAAAGUUGGGAACAAGAAUGUUCAGGAAACCGAAGAGUUUGCCAUCGAUCAAGAAACAGGCGAAUUGAGAGCGAAAAUUAUCUUGGAUCGAGAAGUCAAAAACAAAUUUGAACUUGUACUUGUGGCGGUGGACCAUGGUAGCCCAACGACAUACGAAACUUUACGACUUCUGACAGUGUUGUUGGUUGACACAAAUGAUAAUGUGCCAGAGUUUUCUGGCGAGAAUAAUUACAAUUUUCAAAUAAUGGAGAAUCGGCCAAAAGAUUAUUUGAUUGGAAAAGUUGUGGCUGAAGAUAAAGAUGAAGGAAGACACGCGAGAGUCUAUUAUUACAUUUUAUCAGGAAACGAAGGCAAUUCUUUUUACAUGGAUAAAUCUGACGGUAGCAUUUAUUCAAACAAAUCAUUUGACAGAGAAAAAAAAGAUAACUACCUGUUAUCAAUUCUUGCCGCAAACGAUCCUGACAUUUACGUCGGACCGCAAGAUGCUGUUCACUUGAUGACACAUCCUGCAUAUGGGCAUGCCAAUGUAACCAUAACUGUACUUGAUGAAAAUGACAAUCCGCCAAUAUUUGAGCGAGAAAACUAUUAUGCAGGGAUCAACUCCAUGGCUAAUAUAAAUGAUUUUGUGGCAAAAGUUACGGCCUCAGAUCCCGACUUAGGAGAGAAUGGAACCUUAUUUUAUUACAUUGCCAGUGCCAAUCUGUACAAGUUUGGCUCCGAGAAACCAAGUGGAUCAAUUGUACCGAGUCCAUUCAAUGUUACGCAAGAUGGAAAAGUAGUCGCAAGUGGAUAUAUGGCUGAAUAUAAUCAAGACAGAUUCAUUGUUGAAGUUAUAGCUAAGGAAACUACUGCCCCAGAGAGAUAUGCACGAACAAGAGUACACGUGUGGGUUUUCGAAGCAGCACAGCUGAUCCGAGUAAUUCUAUCGAGACCUCCAGAGGAAGUUAAUCGAGAGAAAGAUGAAAUUGUUACCCAAUUAUCAAACGCAACCCAGAGCAGAGUUGUUGUUGAUGAUAUAAGAUAUCAUGUCGAUGCGUCCGGGCACAUUCGUAGAGAAUGGUGUGACAUGUACUUGCAUGUGGUGGAUACAUCACAAAGUAUAGCUGCUGUUCCAGAUGUCUUGAAAGUUAUUGACGCCAAGUAUGAUUCCCUGCAAGAAUACUACGCUGGUUUCGCGAUUGAGAACGUUGUGCCCGCAUAUGUUGGAGUCCAAGAAGAACCAUUCGAUCCGGCAUUAGCUGCUUUGAUUGCUUUAUUAGUAGUUUUAGUUGUCGGAGCAGUUACAGUAAUUGUUGUUUGUUGCUGCUUGAGGCACUGGGUAAUCACCGUACCAAAUGACCUACGCAAAAAAGAUGCUCUUAUCAAGAAACAGAUCAUAGAUGAAUUGAAUACCACUGAGAACCCAUUAUGGAUAGAACAAAAACUGAAGUUGUACGAAGAACAGGAACUAACCAUGCAAGUAUUCAGCGAACCUGAGGGCGGAUUGGGAACCGAAAGGCGGGGAAGUGGAGUUAGUGUAGGCAUGGGGGAUACAUCCCAAGAUAACACCUAUGCAACUAUUCAACAUCCUCUUCCACCAAACAGGCAUCGACCUACUACACCAGAUUAUACGACUUUACCUGGUAAUCACAAUCUGUAUGAGUCAGCAAUGGGCUUCCAGGGCUCGACAUUUCAACCAACGCCAACUCCUCAAUUAACGUUAGAUCGUGACGGACAACCACAGUUCGUAUCAGGACUCAUGUAAACUCAAUUAUACACUAUUCACCAACCCUUCCCAUCCUUUUCCAUCCAAUGUAAGAAUCUGAUUAAGUUUCAAUAUUACAUGCUUUUCAAGUGCAUAAUUUUGACAAUAACUGGUUAAUAAUACCACGUAUUUACAUAUAAGGGUUGUGUAAACAAGGCAGUUGCUGUAAACUUUUGAAAGUCUCUUCUAUUUAGGGUAAACUUAUAUACUUGAAGGAAGAGCAUUUCGAUGAAAGUCAAACAACAGAUUUAAUUAAUCUUCAACCAUCUGCAGGAUUAAUAUUUUCUCCUCUAUUUCAAUACCUACACUUCUUGGUGAGUUUGGUUCAAAAUUGAAAUCCUGUCUCACAUAAAUUUUAAUUAAAAGCCUCUUCAAAGUUUACACGGUGUAGUUGAAAACUGCAUUAAAAUAUUGAAACUAUUCAGACAGUCGUAUAAAUUAUACAUCUAAGAUAUACUUAUUAAUGGGUGAACGUUAAAUAUAGCCGAUGUGUGCAUGUAUAUAUGUGUGUUGCCAACCUGGGGUCGGAUCUGAUUUGAUUUGAUAAAAAAAAAGUUAUUAGAUGGCUACUGUGAAAUAGCUUGUCGACUGAAGCUUGGCACGACAGAUAUAUGUAUAUAAUUCAGUGUGUAGAUUCCGUCCAGCCCAAUUUUAUUGUUACAUCACAGUUUUUGUUUUUCUUUUUAUUUGAAUUUCGUAACUGUACCUUGUUGCGAUCGUGGCUGUGUUAUUUAGCGUCGAUAGAUCGACAUUGGAAUUAAUUUUAGUCCGUAUUUAUUCAUAUUAUUAAAUGACAAUUUAUUAAAAAAGUUUAGAUGGCAUAUUUGCUAUUCACACCGGGUCGAUCUACACGUGUAUUAUCAAAUAAUUAUCUGACACAUUUUGUACUUUGCAUACAAGAAAAUACUCAAAUAGUACGUAAAAUGCUCGGUGAAUCUGUAGACCAGAACGAAAUUUUGUUAAGGAUUGAAUUCUCGUUGUCAUUAAAAUUUUAAGUCAUCAGCUGCAAAUGGUUAUAUCUAUUAUAUCAUCAUCCUGAAUAAAUUCAUUUCUAUAUUUGUGAAAAUUGUAAAUUUUAAUAUCGUAUCCAAUAUUUCAUUUAUAAAAUACUCCAAUUCAUCACUGUGCCGUAUACAAAAGGCUAGCUACAUUAAUAAGCGUAAUACGAUUAAUGCUAUUUCCAAUAAUAUAUGGUAUAUAGUGCAUGUGAUUUUGUUCGAUGUUCGAUUAAUGUCUGUUAUUACAUUUUUAUGUUACUAUUGUUUUUAUACUUGGUAAUUCAACUUUCGGUGACAACUCGAUACAGAAUGGGGUAGCUGUGCCAGUAAUUCUAAUUUGCGUCCAUUCAUUUAUUAAUAACACUUGCUACUGCUACAAGUCUAAUUGUAAGUUUUGUAACGAACAUAUUCAUUGACAUAGACAGUUAAAAAUCUCUUUAAGAAUAUUUGAUAAAGAUGAGAAAAUUAAAAAAAUAAGCAGUUGGUGAAUAGCUCCGUAAUCAAUAACAUUCCAGUAUUAUUAUAAUUUGAUCGCAGCGAGGUUCACUUAUAUAUUGUAUCGCAUAAACGAGUGAAUGGUGGGCUAUGGACGGACAUAGUCAUAUCAUAAUUAAACUGAACGAGACACUAUUUGUAAUAAUAUGUAAAGCUUACAGUUACGCUCAAUAGUUCCAGAGGAUAAUUUUAAAAAAUGGCAACGAGUCAUCCAAAUUUUUACGUUUACCAUAUUUUAUAUAGUAUAAUUGUUUCAGGGAACAGAAUAUUAUCUAUAAGCUUUAUAACUUGUUACAUAUUUCUCAAAAUGUAUCUCAUACUCGAAGAUAAAAAAAAAAUCACUUAAAUCUCAUAUAAGUUAUUACCACGAAUGUUUAAUAAAAUACAAUUAAGCUAUAAUUGAUUAAAAUAUUGUUAGAACGUUAUAAUUAUUCGAGUUAGUCAGGAACUGUCUGUUUAUCGAUUGUAAACUGAUUGUAAUAUUGUAACAUAUUUUACGUAAGUGAUUAAUAAGAAAUAUUCGUACUUGUAAAGAUUA